CGGGAACUCCAGCACAGAAAUCUUGAAGCAGAAGAGAGGUAAAAUGCCAUAUGACUUUUUCCCUCUUUAGAAACUAAACUUUUCAUAAAAUUGUAAGGGCAAAUAAUGGAACUUAAGGGAGUAAAGAAGUGCCUGCAAAGUGGUCUGAAUGCAGAAUUCUUCUAGAUUUUUAUGAUUUUUUCCCCUUUCCAGUCUUUUUAUGUUUAUACAUUAUUUAAUAAAUCAUGUCAUUAUAGUAACAGCUAAAGCUGUCAUAAACUGACGGAAUAACACUGAAUCUCAGUAACUGUAUAAAUUAGUUCAAGUGAAGGAGAGCUGGAGCAUUUAGCGUGCUGUGGCACUGGUCAGGAUCCUUUAGAGAGGACAUAGAGACCACUGGUUAUAUAUAGGUGAUGGUCAACAAAGUUCUUUCUCAGUUUACAUUGUGACUAUUUUGUUGGAACAUAUGAAAGAGAGAUGACAGUUUUGACAUUAAUUAUGUUUUUAUAGACAGAAUUCCUUCUUUCUAGCCAUUGACAAAAUACAAAGGGCCAUCAGAAUUUAACUUUCAUCAUUCAGAGAUGUCUAGCUUUUUUUGUAUCUUCAUGAAGUAUGUUAUCCAAUGAAAAUAUAUUGAAUUAAGAGAGACAUUAUUUUCUCAUUUUCGGUGGUGAAUAUCUGAAAAGGGAUCCCAGAAACUGUGCAUCACAGUUAAAACAGGAGCUUCCAUUUCAGAUUCAUCUGAACUCUGAGGAAUGCUUAAUUCAGGGUGAUGGUCUUUAGUGUCUGGUGGCCUUUGCUUUUGUCAAGUGGUUUUGCUUUGCUCUCACUGUUUAUGAAAAUAGCUUCAUGUGCAUAGACAAGAGCAAGUAUUUUAUGUUAAAAAUUGAUUUAAAGGGAAUAACAAUGCUAUGUAGAGUUUGUCUUCUGGCCUGAUUGGAUAUAUAGGCUAUAAGGAUUAUUUUUGGAGAAAAGAGCGUCAGACUAGUAGUAUCAUGAGCAUGCUAAUCAUCAGACAGGAAGUACUGUGUGCCAGGCACUAAGCAUUUUUUAAUAUAUAUACAUAUAAUUCUCAUUGAGUUGGGUCCAUUAUUAUUGUCCUCAUUUUACAGAUGGGGAAACUGAGGCAUAGGUUGGUUAAGGCAUUUGCCUAAGGUUACACAGUAUCUAAAUGGCAGAGCCAGGUUUUGUACCUAAACAGUUUAGCUCCAGAGUCAAUUCUCUUAACUACUAUGUAUUACUGUCUCUCCGCGUAGGUAGGACUUUCCUGUUCAUUACUGGUGCUAGUAUUCCCAGCAUCUAGAAUAGAGCUUGACAUCUGGUUGGGUGCUCAGUCAACCUAUUGAAUGAAAAGCAUCCAUGAGUGUUAAAAAAAGCACUGGACCGAGGUCAUGUUGGGAGUGUGUUUGAGAGAGAGAGAGAGAGAGAAACAGGGAGACACUGGGGUACAGGUUGAGGUGUGUCACUACAAAAGCCACGGGCUGAACCCCAGCUGGGCUAAACCCCAGCUAGGCUGACAGUGGUAAUCUUGAAGAGUCACGAGCUACUGGCAGGUACAUUCCAGUAAUAACUCCAGAAGCCUCCCAUCUGACCGACAUUUAUUUCUCUAUAGUGAUUAGCGGCAAAAUCCUUCAAGGUGUCUUGAUGAUUUGGGGUGUGGAUACAGGCUAAUCGCUGGAGCAGGUGGGUCGAGAAGCGGCUGGAGAGAAGCCCUGGGCAUGGGUCAGGACUUGGCGAGCCGGCUUCGCCCUGAGCAGUGGGGCGGGGAUGGUGGCGUCCUGCCCAGAACUCAAGCGGCGUUGGAGCCUUGUCGGAGCUUUGCGGAAGUUUGGGGGUCUUCUAGGUGCGGGGAGGGUCCAGUGGGCGGCCCGAGUGGGCGGAGCCUUCAGCUCCAUUCUGCUGCCGACAUGCGCGCUCCCUCCUGCCCGUGGGCCGCUGCCAGACGUGCCGGCUGGGUGGGGCGCCUCUUACAGGUUGGGGCACCUCACCCACUGCUGAAUAAAACAGCCUCCUGCUUGCCCGGCAGCUCGCGCGGUGGGGACCUGGCCUACGAGGAACAGUGAACAGAAUGAGUACCUCACAGGACCAGAAUGGCUGCUCCAGUAAUAAAGAACCUCUUUUGAGGUGUUGUGAUGCACGGAGGGACUUGGAGCUUGCUAUUGGUGGAGUUCUUCGGGCUGAACAGCAAAUUAAAGAUAACUUGCGAGAGGUCAAAGCCCAGAUUCACAGCUGCAUAAGUCGUCACCUGGAAUGCCUUCGAAGCCGUGAAGUGUGGCUGUAUGAGCAGGUGGAUCUCAUCUAUCAGCUUAAAGAGGAAACGCUUCAGCAGCAGGCCCAACAGCUCUACUGGUUACUGGGCCAGUUCAAUUGUCUUAUUCAUCAGCUGGAGUGUACCCAAAACAAAGAUCUAGCCAAUCAAGUCUCCGUGUGCCUGGAGAGACUGGGCGGUUUGACCCUCAAACCUGAAGAUUCGACUGUCCUGCUUUUUGAAACUGACACAACUGCUCUACGCCAGGCCAUCACCACAUUUGGGUCCCUCAAGACCAUCCAAAUUCCUGAGCACCUGAUGGCUCAUGCUAGUUCAUCAAAUAUCGGGCCCUUCCUGGAGAAAAGAGGCUAUAUCCCAUUUCCAGAGCAGAAGUUAGCAUCCAGCACUGCAGUUGUCCCUCUCAGCGAAUGGCUCCUUGGAAGCAAACCUGCCAGUGGUCGCCAGGCUCCUUACAUACCCAGCACCAACCUCCAGGACUGGCUUACCCAAAAACAGACCUUGGAAAAUAGUCAGACUUCUGCCAGAGCCUGCAGUUUCUUCAAUAAUGUCUGGGGUAACCUAAAGGGCUUAGAAAACUGGCUCCACAAGGGUCAGCAACAAGAAGUUUCUGAAAAACCAAGUUAUGAAAAGUGCAACAGCUCUCCUACUACCAGUUCUUACUCCAUUGAAACUGAAAAGGUUGGAGAUCUAGAGCUUCUUGACCAAGAUGAGAUGGACCUCUCUGAUUGGCUGAUGACUCCCCAGGAAUCACAUAAGCUGGAGAAGCCUAGGAAUGGCAGCUAUGAAACCAGUGAGAAGUUUAAGCUCUUGUUCCAGGUGUUCCAGGAGUCCUAUAGUGUGAAUGAUUGGCUUGUCAAGCCUGAUUCCUGUACCAGUUGUCAAGGUAACCAGCCCAAAGGUGUGGAGAUUGAAAACCUGGGCAAUCUGAAAUGCCUGAAUGACCACUUGGAGGCCAAGAAGCCCUUGUCCACUCCUAGUGUGAUUACUGAGGAUUGGCUUGUCCAGAACCGUCAAGACCCAUAUAAAGUAGAGGAGGUCUGCAAAGCUAAUGAGCCCUGUACAAGCUUUGCAGAGUGUGUGUGUGAUGAAAAUUGUGAGAAGGAAGCUCUGUGUAAAUGGCUUCUGAAGAAAGAAGGAAAGGAUAAAAAUGGUAUGCCUGUGGAACCAAAACCUGAGCCUGAGAAACAUAAAGAUUCCCUGAAUAUGUGGCUCUGUCAAUCCAGAAAAGAGGCAACAGAACAAGUUAAGUCAUCAAAGGCAAUGGCUUCUAGAAUUGCUGAUUCCUUCCAAAUCAUCAAGAACAGUCCCUUGUCAGAGUGGCUUAUCACCCCCUCAGGCAAAGAAGGAUGUUCCAAGGAAGUGCCUAGUACCCAGGACAGAGCUGGGAAACAAAAGCUUCCAACUUCGUGGUGUCCCUUUAACACAGCUGACUGGGUCUUGCCAGGAAAGAAGACAGGAAACCUUAGCCAGUUAUCCUCAGGAGAAGACAAGUGGAUACUUCGAAAGAAGGCUAAGGAAGUAUUACUUAAUUCACCCCUACGGGAAGAACAUAACUUUCCCCCAGAACGUUAUGGCCUCCCAGCAGUUUGUGAUCUCUUUGCCUGUAUGCAACUUAAAGUUGAUAAAGAAAAGUGGUUGUAUCGAACUCCUCUACAGAUGUGAAGGAACAGAGUUAAGAGUCAAGCAAAUUUUCUGCAGAGUAUCACAAAUCCAUGAGCUGAGUGACUGCGGCUUGCCAAAUCAUUGUGUUUCUGGGUCUGACGUAGUUCCUUUCCUGCCUAAUUUUGAACUAGUGAAGAGAAAUCAAUCAUUAGAUUAUGAGUUACUGUGUGGAAAAAAAAAAGGCUGUUGAUGCUGAGGUGAUUCAGUUUCUUCUUACAGAAAUGUUAAUUUACCCUUCCACUAGAAACAAAGCAUCUUAAUGGAUAGGUCUUUUUCAUAAGCCUUCAUGGCUCCUUAGAUUGGGUUGUUACUCUGAAGUACAUUAAAACACUGUAGUUUUAAAAAUGAAAUAGUUCUAUAAUCGAGGUGUGUUGAUGUGUUUUAAAGUUAGUAAACUUGCCUAACCUUUUGACUGCCCUUUGGAUGCUUCCCUUCCUGUAGGUUUUCUUCUAUUAAUGGUGAAUUCUUCUGUUUAAUUAGUACAAUAUAUUUCAUCCAAAUAAUUCACCUUGCCAAUAUAGUGAUUUUUUAUUAAACGUGUAUUAAUUAAUGGCAAUUUUUGACAUUAAUUACAAAACACUUGCGCUUACAUGCCAGAUUCUACCAUUAUUUUUAUUCUUUUGAAAGCAACUCAGUUAUUGCAAGUUGUCUUUAUUCCCUUCUCUAAAUAUUACUAAAGUAUCUUGAGAACUCUGUCACAAGGGCUCCAUAUUACUUGAAGGCUAUAUUCUGACUUUUCCUAGCCUCUUUCAAAAUAUUCUAAAGAACUACAGGCAAGAGUCCCAGUGCUGACAAAUCAGAAAGCAAAAGGCAAGACAUGUAAAUGUAGUACUUGAACUAAUCACUAUCCUCAGUGUUAUUGGUGCAUCCUGUGUAAAUGGAAGCUGAAUUUGUUACCUGGUGCUUUUAAUUAGGCAUAAAUUAAGUCUUCACUGCAAGAAUAGAAUACCUAUACCUCUAAAGUACAACGCAGUGACAUUUUAGUGAAUAGGCUGUUUUGAACACUUGUGCCUUGGGGUGUUUAUUGAAGCUUUAUGAAAACUAUUGGUACUUCCUUAGUAUCUUUAAAGUUAUAACCAUGCUUUAAAGAGUUUCUCUGUAGGAGAGAAAUGGCACAUAUACAAUGUUUUAAUAUUCUGAGACAUUUUAGCUGCUUUCCAGGCUAUUAAAUUAUUAAGCCAUUCAGCUUGCCAAUAUGUUAUUGGAAAUAGAAGUUUGUGAUGUCAUCCAGAAAGCCCUUUUAGGGAAACUGCAGUCCCAGUGUCAUUACCAUAGAACUUCAUUAGAAAUCUUGAACCAUAGCUGAAACAAACGUAUUUUUUCAGUUCCCCCAGAUACCAUUUAGAACUUUAAAGGUGGUGGGUAAAAACUUAAGGAAUCUUUUACAUUAUUUUAGGUUGCAGGAAACUUUGUAGAUUUUAAGGUUUAACACAUUGUGUAUCUCUAAUUUACAUUAAUCACUAUGCUAAUGAGUACAUAAAACAUUCUUUUGCAUUGAUGCAUUUUGUACCACCCUCCAUUAAAAGCAUUAUAGCCA